UUGGUGGGUGGGUCUGUUGAAUGCAUUGGUCUUUCACGGACUGAAGUGAUAAGCCUUUCGAUUAUUCGUUUAAUGUUUUAUCAUAAAAAUCAGGGACAAGCCGGGUGUUUGCCGACAAUCAGUAUUUAUAAUCAUUGAUUUUGAAACAGAAAAAAAAACAUGGAUCAUCAAACGGAAAUAGUGCUCACUAUUUUUGGAAUCAUUUUUAUACACGGAUUAGUAUUCUAUCUUGUCUGCCGGAAAUCGCGAGCCAACAUUAGAAGCAAACAUGUUGUCGUCACCGGUGGAAGCAGCGGAAUCGGGCUGUGGGCCGCUAUGGAAUGCGUUCGACUCGGUGCGAAUGUCACAAUCGUCGCCAGGAAUGUUAAUCUGCUAGAAAAAGCCAAACAGCAAUUGCUCAAGCGGAAGGUUCGUGAAGAUCAACAAAUUGAAUACCGUUCGAUUGAUCUGGCCAAGAGCAACGAUCUGGUGGAGAAGGGGUUCCAGGACAUCGAGCAAGCUUCAGGAUCUAUUUUCAUGUUGAUUAACUGUGCAGGAAUGGCCAUUUGUGGAACGAUCGAAGAUACCUCGGUUGAAGAUGCUAGACUGCUGAUGGAUGUUAACUACUUCGCCACCUAUUAUCCUACUCGUUAUGUACUACCGAAAAUGAAGGCAGCUCGGGAGGGUAUCAUCGUAAUCACAGCUUCUCAGGCGGCCCUGGUAGGUCUCUACGGAUACGGGGCUUACGCUGCAUCGAAAUUCGCACUGCGUGGUUUGGCCGAAACCAUAGCCAUGGAAGCGAAGCAUGCUGGAGUUAGCGUCACGCUUGCCCUACCGGCUGAUACCGAUACGCCUGGAUUCGAACGGGAGAAUCAAUCGAAACCCAUCGAAACAAAAAUCAUCUCCGGCUCCGGGGGCUUAGCCAAACCGGAAGAUGUCGGAAGGAAAAUUGUUCACGAUGCUUUGAAGGGAUCGUUCUUUUCUAUUCUGGGAUUGGAAAGCUGGAUUCUCAGCACCCUGUGCGUCGGAAUGGCACCUUGGAUGGGACCUAUACUGUGUAUCUUGCAGUUUUACCUGCUAGGUCCUUUACGGCUGAUUGGUCUGUUGAUCCAGUGGAACUUCCAGCGAAUCAUUAGGAACUGCGCCAAAGAACGGGAAACCAAUGCCUGUACCAAAAACUAAAGCAAUUUCAUUGUUGCGGAUGCUUUAGAUGUCGUGAAACUAAAUGUUACUCCUUCAAUGGUAGAGUGCUAGUAAAUGUGUGUCUUCUUUCAUUGCAUAAUAAAUGAUUGCACAAAUCAAA